UCUUGUACAGUCGCUCAGUUCUAUGUGAUUUCUCGUGCUGUUAAUGUCGUGUCUUGCGUGAUACGUUAUUCCAGUGUGAUUUCAAACGACAUUACGUUAAAAAACGGUGACAACAAUUUUAAAUGCAAUUUGAAUAACAAUAUGGAAGCUCAAACAAAUAAACAGGAUAAUUCAAACCAAUAUGAAUACGUAACAUUAUUAAAAAAUAACUGUGACCAAAGCUUAUUCCCAAACGACUUCGAUAUGUGGACAGUAAGUGAACAAUAUAAUUGGAUUAACAAUAAUCUUUCUAAAUUUUUUCCGAAUGUGCCAAAGUCCUUGUUGGGAUUUGUUCCGGCUAUGUUUUGUCGAGGAGACUAUAGUCGAUGGCCAGAGAUACCCGAAUGGUUGGAUGUGGAUAAGUAUCGCAGAGGACAAAAAUUUGUGCAUGAUUAUACAUAUGCAAUAGUAACAAGUAUUCUAUUCUCGAUCUUACAUGCGUAUUCUUUCGAGAAUGGUUUGAAUCCAAUUAUUUUAGGUGGCCAAUCUCAUACGCCUUAUUUAUCAUACAAGAGGUAUCAAUCGACUGUGCGUCGAAUGACGAAUUGGUACACCGGAGAGCCUUGGGUCGAAGACACGCCCGCCCACAAGGAUAUGCAAUUCACGCGUAAAUUGCACAAGAUGAUACGAGCAAAAUUGUCUCAGAUUAGCAAGGAUAAAAUUGACGCUGCGUGUAUAUUUGCAAAUCCAUGGUGUCCGGAUCGCGAAUCGCUUCUGAAAGACUUCGCCGCGGCGUGUCCAUUCGAAAAAGUCGGACAACGUCCUUAUAAAUUUUUUACCGAAUUGCUUGAACAGAAACAUUUAAACGAUUUAAAUGAUUUUGAACUGAUAAUGGGACAGUGUUCCUUUAUUGGCUUAAUUGUACUUUAUCCGAAAGAAUUUGGAGUGCAUAAUGCGACUGACGAGGAUUUAGAGGCUUUCUGUCAUAUGUGGAGAUGCUACGGAUAUUAUCUUGGGAUAGCAGAUGAACAUAAUUUUUGCCGUGGCAGUCUUGGUGAAAUAAAGCAGCGCAUACGAGAUAUUUAUCAAUAUUGGGUGCUACCUAAUUUCAAGGAAAUCACACCGGAAUGGGAACACGUAACGAGAUGCAUUGUCGAAACAUUUAAUUAUAAUUAUAACGUGCGUGUGUUACCUUACAAAAUUGUGGUGUUACUUGCUACAGAGCCACUUGGCAUAAAUAUGUCACAUCUAUACGCGUCCCUUUGUUAUUCGGAGUGGAUUGUUUAUUACUGUUGGAAAUUUCUUCUUCGUUAUGCUAUGAUGUUAAAGAUCGUGAGAUCAUUUCUUAAUGGAGUAUUACAAAAAUCUUUAUACAAAGAAGAAAGUCCGGAAAGGCACGCAGAAUUUUACGAACGAUCGAAGAAACAAGUACCAGAUUUUUCUAUCACAUUUUAAUAAAUAGAAUAACAGAUA